AAUAAUAUUUAAUUGCUAUUCUUAAAUAGACCUUUACUUUAUAUUCUUAGAUACAAAAUUACAAAGUGAUAUUUUUGUACAAUUUAAUAUUAUACUAAAAAUUCUUGGUGUAAUAUAGACGAUAAUGUAUACCGGUCGCGUGUCAUGAGAAUUGUGUGGUGAUUCAAGAUGGAAGACGGUGACAAUAAAACGGACGUUGGUCAGGAUAAAGAGAAAAAGUCGUACGCCGGAAUACCGGAGGCCGAUUUUGUAGACGAUGUCGACGCGUUUAUGGCAAAACCUGAAAAUGAAUCGACGGACAAAGUACUCCAAAUGCUGGAUGAAAAUCAUGGCAAAUAUAAAUUCAUAGAAUAUAAUUUGGUGAACAAGAGGAGAAGACUGAAAGCACAAAUCCCGGAUUUAGAAAGAUCAUUGGAAAUGAUUAAGAAAUUACAACAAGAAAAGGACAACAGCAGAGAAUUGGAAACUCAAUUUCUUUUAUCAGAACAAGUUUAUGCAAAAGCUAUUAUUCCACCUACCGAUAAAGUAUGUUUAUGGUUAGGGGCAAAUGUUAUGUUAGAAUAUACCUUGGAUGAUGCACAAGAAAUGUUAACAAAAAAUAUUGAAGCUGCAAAAAGAAACUUAAGUUAUGUGGAGCACGAUUUAGAUUUUGUCAGAGAUCAAUUUACAACAACUGAAGUAAACAUGGCACGCAUUUAUAAUUGGGAAGUAAAACGCAGACAAGCUGCUAAACCAACAUGAAAGCUGUUUUUUUUUAAUAAAUUCAAUUUGCAUGCAAUGAUUGCCUAAAACCUAGAAGUUACUCACACUGUCAAAAAAAGAAGCCUGUGACUAAAAAAAAAAGUGUCAUUUCAUAAUGUUGAUGGAAUAAAGGACUCAAACACGUUUAGGUUAUAAGCUAGAUACACCAAUAUUUAUGUAUAUUGCCACAAAUACAUCUGAAUUCUAACUUAA